AUGUGGGUACUGCUGAUGCUCGCGCUGGCCGCGGCCGCCACCGCCGACUGCCCGCGGCACUGCGAGUGCAAGUGGCGCAGCGGCAAGGAGUCGGCCCUGUGCGCGCACGCCAACCUCAAAGCAGUCCCGCCCCGCCUCGACCCCACCACGCAGCUGCUCGACCUCUCCAACAACACCCUCUCCACGCUCCGCGACGACGCCUUCUCCGCCGCCGGCCUUCUCAACCUCCAACGACUCUAUCUCUCCUCUUGCAACGUUCGCACCAUCCGCCAGUACGCCUUCAGAGCCCUAGUCAAUCUUGUCGAACUCGAUCUCUCUCGCAACCGCCUCGACUCCAUACCGUCUCAUGCUUUCGACUCAAUCCCCGAGCUCCGGGAGCUCCGACUCAACGGGAAUGCCAUUACAAAAGUACGCGAUGACGCAUUCGUUGCUCUACCCCAUUUAGUCAGACUCACUCUGAGUGGUUGUAAAAUAAUUGAAAUAGAACCCCGAGGAUUUAUGGGUUUAGAAGCUUCUUUGGAAUAUCUGGAGUUGAGUAAAAAUAGACUGCAAGUACUACAUGUGGCCGUAUUAGCGCCAUUAAGGUCGUUAAAGGGUUUAGAGCUAGCGAAUAAUCCCUGGGAGUGCAACUGCGCUAUGCGGCCAUUGCGCGACUGGAUGAUUAGAAGAAAUGUGCCUGCCACAGUGGUGCCAGACUGUGCCCUACCUCCACGCUUGAUGCACCAGUCGUGGGAUAGGCUCGACUUAGAAGAUUUUGCAUGUAGGCCGGAAGUGAGUGCAGCAACAAACAUCAUUAAAGGUGUCGAAGGGGAUGAAGUGACACUAGUUUGUCGAGUGAUAGGGGUGCCAGCACCGAGGGUGCGGUGGGUGCGGGCGGGUCGGUUGCUAGCUAACACAACCCCGUCUCAUGUCAAUUCUGGAAGAGCUUUUAUGUUACGUAGUGAGGGACAGACUAGUAAUUUAACUAUAAAAUCAGCAGACAUGCAAGACGCGGGCUCCUAUGUGUGCAACGCUGAGAAUCGCGCUGGAAAGGCGGAGGUGGUGUUAACUUUAGCAAUAGAAAAGAAGCCUCAAAAUAAAAGUUUUGGUGGGCGAGCGCUGAUGGCUGGAAUGGCGGUGUCCGCUGUGAUAGUGUUAAGCUCAUGUUUAAUAGGUCUGUGUGCAUAUGAGACUCGUAAGAAAAGACAAUUAGAUAGGUGGAAUGAACAGAUAGUAACUACGAAUCAUCGUGAGGAUAGUUAUGAGAAAAUAGAGGCGAAUAUAAAAGCCAAUGUUGAGGUUCCGAGAGUAAUAAUUCCAGAUGGUCGUAAGAGGGGUGACUAUAGAAAUGUGCCUUUGCAUGACCCAGAAGAUGAGUAUGAGGGGUAUUUGAGAGGGGAGCCGCGGGAGGAGAGAGAUUCUUCAAGAACACCUCCCCUAGAGACUGGAUGGCGAAGAGCGGAAUUCGACACGAGGCCGUCAAGAAAUGGUGUGCAUGAGCGAGAUUUGCACAUACCACGUUUUAGCGACUAUAAUAUCAGGUCCGAUGCUACAUCCGAGUCAGUGCAGAGUUCCAACUCAACGGGAAUAUUAAAUGCCCACGUAGAGAUACUGCCAGAAUCCAAUCGUUAUAACAAUAACCCCCGGGCGUGCCCGCGGCCCCGCACGCGCGACCGUCUCGACAACGACCUUUCUGGCAGUGACAGUGAAAAAAACUAUCCUGACCUAAUAGAAAUGAGUGCUUUAGGCGCUUCCUCUUAUUUAAGGAGCGAAAUGAAACACGAUCCUUAUUACUUUUAUACGAUACCAAGGAGGAAAGACGGCGAUAGCCGCAGUCCUCUUCUUAGUAGUAGACGAAAUAGCUCAGGUGGCGAUUCAAUAAACUUUUUCGAUAGGCCAUACGAGAAAAACCGACAGCGGUCUUCGGGACGGAGAUCGAAUAGUUUUCUCGAUCUUUCUACUGGAGGUAAUCGGGUCCGGCGCAAUCCUAGUUUGCCUGCGUCGCCAACGAGGGAGCAGCCAACAGUGCCGUCCGCAACGCCUCUCCUAGAUCUCUCUGGCCUCAGAGAUUACUCCCGGACGGGCCCGCCUUUGGAGGAUUUUGAUUUUCGAGCUUCACAGUUAGAGAAAUUUCUGGAAGAAUAUAGAAGUCUGAGGGAACAGCUUUCGAGAAUGAAAGAGACGAGAGAAAAUUUGCAACGAACGAGAGCGGUGGAGAAUGAUGAAUUGAGAUCAGUUUUGAAGGGAAAGCCGAGCGUGGCGGUGACUGAGACGUCGUCAUCGGUGGCGAUGGCGGACGCCGCGUCCCCGCUGGCGCUGAGCCCGCCCGACUACAAGCCCCAGCAGCCGCGCCCCGAGUGGCUCACUAGUCUAUUAUAUCGUAAUUAAGUAACCCAGUCAGUGUAUUCUGGUGGACUUUUUUAACUCACGUUUAUGGUGAAACUUUUAAUUCCAUUGACGUAAUAAGUAGAACACGUAAAACGAAAUUUGUAAAUAUUAGAAAUGCCGAUGGCAUUAAGAAUUUAAAUUGUUUGUAAGUGAAAUGCUAUCAAGGAAGCGUUCUCCUAAAGUUGAAAUAAAUCAAAUUCAGAAAGAAA